UUUUAUGCUUAAUUGUCACGAGUACUUUCAAAAUUUUUUUAUUUUUAUUCCUUAUUAUAUUAAGUGGAUAUCCUUUAUUAUACUAAAUUUUGGAGAAAAGUUAUUUUUCUUUCCUUCAAGAUUGAUCAAUAAUUAUUAGCAAUAUUCCAAAUUGUUUAUUUUUAUUUAUUAUUUUAGUAUUUAUCAAUCAUGUUGCAAAGAAUAUUCAAAGCCAUAAUAUCAAAAGUGCCAUCUGAUAUACAGAUAAGUCACCCUUUACAUAUGGGUGUGAAUAAAGCACUUAUUUCUGUAGUAGCGCAAGAAAACUCACAAUUGGAUGAAAAUGGAUUCAUUGGAGCUUUAAUGAAGGGUUAUCCUGUGCUUUAUGACCCUUUUGAAUGCUUUUUUGUUCAAAUUCAGAUUGUGGAAACACCUGCAAUUUUGAAUGAAGAUGAAAUAUUUGUGUAUGUUUCUGAAGAAUUCAUAAAUCAUUAUAACUUUAGCUAUGGUGAAGUAUGUUAUUUCAAAUCUGUCCUUUGUCAUCCAUUGGAAAAAAUUGUACUUGGUGCUAAAACUACAGGAAGUUAUGCAUGGUUUAAAGAUUUCAGAGAUCUAAAGCGCCAUAAUGACUUGGUUGUGGCAUGUUGUAACAAGCGAUUUCUGUGUCGGCAAGAUGAUGUAUUGCUUGUAGAUCCUUCUAAGCAUUCAAGUAAAAUAUUCUCUUACAAGGAUUAUGUUAUAUUAGAUUGCCAGCCUUUUCGCCAGGGUCUUAUCACUUUAAAUAGUAGUUUGGUAGUUGCUGACUUACGAGAGUCUUCAAUUAUUAAUGAGGAAGAUGGAAAAUCCUUGAUUGAUACUACUGAUCCCAUAUCUUUAGGAACAUAUGCAUUGAGUCUUAUAAAUUAUACCAGUAGCAAUUUUCUAGGCAUUCGACUUCCUACUACAACUGUAACACCUUCCUAUGCACCUUUAAAUGCUUUAAAGUUUCUUUGCUCAUUUGAGAUACGAGUUAUUUCAAAACUAAAUAUCCAUUUUCAAAAGGAAAUAGUAAAAGUGAACAAGAAUAUGGAUCCCCUCAAUACUGUUUUUGUAUCUUGUGGUAUGGCCAAAAAGUUACAUUUGAUUGAUGGUUCUUGGGUUAAAAUUAAUAUAUUGGAACCCAUCAAAACCAAAGCCAGAAGCCCUGCCGAUCCAUUUAUAAACCAGCAACGGGAAAAGAUUUCUAAUGAAAAUACACCAAAUUUAAUUAGAUUUGCACAAGUUUGUUGCUUCAUGGAUGAAAAGGCAUCUUCACAUUAUUUUCCAAAUGAAAAAAUUGUGUAUAUCUCGCCUCAUCUCUGGUUUAAUUUGAACAAACAACCAUCUCUUCUUAUACAACCUCACCUGAGACUGCAAAUAGAGCCAUUAGAUGUUGGUUCAUCACCACCAGUUGCUGCAGAGGUUCAUGCUACUCUCAUCCAAUCUCCUAAUUAUGAUGGAAGAAUUAAUUCUCAAGCUCUGCUGUCAGAAUAUUUUAAUAACCCAAGAGUUGUAUGUAAAGGAGAUAUUCUUAGUAUUGAUUCCAAAGAUCAGUUUGACUUUCAUACAAGGAUGUCGGAUGAUGAUCAUGACAAAUUGAAAUGGCCUGUUGUAUAUUUUCGUAUUUCAAACAUAGAAGGAGAACCUUCCCCCCAUGGUUAUGUGAUGAGUAAAAAGACUACUCGUUUAUAUCAGUUAGGAAUCAAGCAAAGUUAUGUCCCACUUACCAUGGAAGCAUAUUAUUCAUCAUUUCCUAUUCAUCCUGUCUGGGAAUCCAUUCCUGAAGGUCUUUCCCAUUACAUUACACUCCUCCAAGAUCUGAUUCUACCUUUCUUGAAACUUCAGAAUGAAAAAUGUCAUUUAAGUGGUAAUAUUUUAUUUUCGGGACCAUCAUGCUGUGGUAAAACGACAGUCAUUAAAGCUGUUUGUAGAAGUCUUAAUCUUCAUUUAUUUCAGGUCAGUUGCCAUGAAUUAGUUGGGGAAAUAUCAGCUGUUAUUGAAGCAAGAUUUAAAAAUAAAAUUGAUAAAGGUAUGACAUUUGCUCCUUGUGUAAUACUUUUGAAAAAUAUUCAUCUUGUUGGGAAGGAAAGAGAAGCAAGUGAAGAUUCUAGAGUGAUACACACAUUAGCAAAUCUACUGAAGAAUGUAAAUAGUUAUGGCAGUGCUUGGCCCGUGGUUGUCAUUGGUACAACAACUGAAAAGAAACUGAAUAGUGACCUAGUUGCUUCAUUUUUGCACACAGUGUAUAUGGAUACACCAACUGAAUUGGAGCGGUCUCUUAUUCUUCAAGAUCUUCUCACAGUAUGUGAUGUUGGUAAUGAUGUUUCAACACGUUAUUUAGCUCAAAGAACUGCAGGUUUUGUCUUAGGGGACUUAUGUGCACUGGUAAAUCAAGCCAUUAGAAAUGCAUAUAGCAGAAUUCGGAAAUUUGUAAACAUGAAUGGCUUGAAUCCAAAAGAAGAGGAGGAUAUAAUUUUAGCUUCUGUUCCAGUUGUUCAGAAGGAUUUAAUAAAUGCCCUUGAAAAGUUGCAAUCUAAAUUUGCUGAAGCAAUUGGAGCACCAAAGAUUCCUGAUGUAAAGUUUGAAGACAUUGGAGGACUUGCUCAUGUGAAACAGGAGAUUCUAGAUACAAUUCAGUUACCUUUGGAGCAUCCUGAAAUACUUUUUUCAGGUCUUCGGAGAUCAGGUGUAUUACUGUAUGGACCACCUGGUUCUGGCAAGACAAUGUUAGCCAAAGCUGUUGCAACUGAAUGUUCUUUAAAUUUUUUAAGUGUGAAAGGACCUGAACUGAUUAAUAUGUAUGUAGGACAAAGUGAAGAAAAUGUGCGAGCUGUAUUUUCCCAGGCCCGAAGUGCUGUCCCCUGCAUUAUAUUUUUUGAUGAAUUAGAUUCAUUAGCACCAAACAGAGGCCGAAGUGGUGAUUCUGGAGGAGUUAUGGAUCGAGUUGUUUCACAGUUGCUGUCAGAGUUAGAUGGUCUGAAUAAAAAGUCCGAGGUAUUUGUUAUUGGUGCAACAAAUAGGCCUGAUCUUCUUGAUCCAGCUUUAUUAAGGCCUGGAAGGUUUGAUCGCUUAUUGUAUGUUGGAAUACCUGAAGACAAGAAAUCGAAACUAAAUAUUCUUAAAGCAUUAACUAGAAAAAUUCCUUUGGCUGCUGAUGUAAAUCUUGAAGAUAUCAUAGAUAGUUGUCCUCCACAUCUUUCGGGAGCUGAUUUUUAUUCUUUAUGUUCCAAUGCUGUCAUCCAGAGAGUUGAAAAAAAUGUCAGCAUGUUAGAAAAAAAUGGAAAAACUAUUGAAGAAUUGAAUCCCGAUGUUCAAACAGAAGAUUUUUUGUCUGCUAUGAAAACAUUAGUGCCUUCAGUUUCUCCAGAACAAUUUGAACAGUAUAAAUCUAUAAAAUCCAAGAUUGAAAAAGAAUGAUUUUAUCAGUGUUAUUUGCUGUGCUUAAUUUCAUCCAAUAAUUGCACAACAUUAAUGACACUAAAGAAAGUUUUGAUAUGUUGAACAAAAGUAUUUAUUUUUGAUGUUACAUAUUUUCUUAUGCCUUGUAAGUGUUCGGUUUUUGCUUUUGAUGUAUUAAAUUAAGAUAACUG